AUGGAGAAUGUCAGUAAUGAAGACAUAUGGGCAGAUGAUGAUGAGUUGCACAUAAAUCCAAAUGCCGAUUUGGAGAGGAAUAAUGAGAAACGGGGAUAUCUUGAAGGUUUAACAAAGUCACAAGAAGAAAGCUUACAGAAAGGUUUCGAUGACAGCUAUCCGUAUGGAGCUGAGUUAGGUAUGCAGGUGGGUAAAAUAUUAGCACAGAUAAGCGCCAAUUGUGAUGGUAGAUUGAUCGAAGACGCAAAAAAGGAGCUAAAUAUAUCGAAAAUCUUGAACAAAAUGCAUUUUGAUGAAAAUCUUCAACUAAUCAAGAGCCAUCCGGUGAUUGAGAAAUGGACCCACAUAGUUCGAGAGGAAACAAAUUGA